AUGGCCUGCUACAACCGCUGCAGUCCCUGCGGACCCACCCCGCUGGCCAACAGCUGCAACGAGCCCUGUGCCCUGCAAUGCCAGAACUCCAGCGUCAUCAUCGACCCUUCCCCUGUGCUGAUCACCCUGCCAGGACCCAUCAUGACCUCCUUCCCCCAGAACACCGCCGUCGGAUCCACCUCCUCCGCUGCUCUGGGCACUGACCUCAAUGCCCAGGGACAGCCCAUCUCUGGUGGAUUUGGCUUUGGUGGCUUUGGCUACAGCCUGGGAGGCCUGGGCUGCUAUGGCAGGAGGGGCGGCUACAUCUGCUAAGGACCCUCGGCACCACCCCUGACACCACCAACUCUAGUAACAGCUCCUGCAAGCAAAGCACCU